AUGAGCGUACAGCUGGAGAUAUGCGUAGAAACGGUGGCCUCCGCAAUCGCCGCUCACAAAGGUGGCGCCCAUCGAGUGGAGCUGUGCUCAGGGCUGGUGGAAGGAGGGGUCACUCCCAGUAUAGGCUUGGUGACUGCUGUUGUACAGGCAAUUCCCAUUCCUGUGCACGUUCUUAUUCGACCUCGGGCGGGCGAUUUCGUCUUUAGUGAAGACGAGAUGAAGGCCAUGGAGUGUGACAUUAAAGAGUGUGCUAAAGCCGGGGCAGCUGGGGUGGUGGUGGGGGCUUUGACUCCUUCCGGCGACAUUGACAAACCAAAGCUCCACCGCUUCCUCGAAUGUGCUGCCCGUCAUUCACUGCCAGUCACCUUCCACCGCGCCUUUGACCACACACGAGACCCCAUGGGGGCUUUGCAGGUUCUUAUAUCGAGUGGAGUGACGAGGCUGCUGACGUCAGGGCAGCGGGCGACUGCAGAAGAGGGCGUGGGACUGAUUGGGAGGCUGGUGGAGGAAGCACGAGGAAGGAUCCAAAUUAUGGCUGGAGGGUGUAAGGGGCUGAUUGUAAGGUCAACGAGUAGAGGGGGGUUGGUGGAGAGGGAGGGAAGGGAAGCUGAUACGGAGGCUGGUGGCGGAAGCAUGGGGAAGGAGUCAAAUUAUGGAAGGAGGUGGGGUGACUCCAGAGAAUGCAGCAAGCAUUGUCGCCAAAUCAGGUGUAUCUCACGUCCAUGCAUCGGCACGAUCGCUGGCACCGCAAACGGAGAAAAUCCACUUCAAUCAUCUCUGCCCAUUCCGCGCAACAAGUAUGCCUUCUGA